GCGAUAGUGUGGCUGUCAACCAGCAAUUCAACGCUGACGGUCUUACCGAAGUUUCGCCACUCUACUUUACAUUUGUCUUCUAAUUCGCUGCUGGUUUUUUUUUUUUUUUUGUAUUUGUCGUUACACAUAAUCCAACCAUUCAGAGCCAAGGAGAGCAAUUCGAUUGAUUGCACGACAGCAGUUUAACCGAAAAUCGAAAGGGCCCUACGAAGGCCAAGAAGUGUCUGAAAAUUGCGUCAAAUAAGACUUUUCUUUCCUACGCCUGUAUUCGUCUUGCUCUUGCGCUGCGCCGCGUUCAUUUUCCGUCUCGGCUUACAGUUUAAAUUGCAAUUGCUCCUGUUGUGGCGGCCGCCAGGAGAGCGGCGAUGACCCAGGGGACGGCGAUGACUGGAUGACUGUGUGACUGGACAAGCGGAAGGACUGCAACUGCAAGGACGGCUGUGGGCGGCGAGGUGAGCUCCACACUCCCCACCAACCGACCAAGUGCAUCCUCGUCCCCGCGUAUGCGCGUGUCUGUGUGCGUCCGUGUUUUUGGGAUGCAGCUGUAGCUGUAGCGCAGAGCGCCCAUCAGAAUCAAAAGUAUAUAUAGAUAUAUUUGUGUAUAUAAUAAUCGGAUACGUCUUCUCGUUCCGCGUGGCUGUGUGAGUGUUUUAAAUCGGUAAUAUCACAACAGCAACAGACGCACACGGACGGCCCGUUUGUUGUGUGCAAGAGUUUUUUUGGCCGCGCUCCCUAAGUGUGCGUGUGGCUUCUGGCUCGUGGUGUGUGUGUGACGAGCAAGCGAGCGGGCGAGCGAGAAAGUGGCAGAAACAGCAACAGCAACAACGAGGAAUCAGUAACUGCAGCCCCAACUACACCAAAAAUGUCACUCUAAGAACUCCAAGUGGCUGCACUGCCGAAUCGUUGUCACCAGGUGUUCCGGGCCCUGCCCACACCCAUGUCUGCUAGACAGCGGUCUACUAUCCAGCGACUCAGCCAAAGCAGCUCGGAAGGCGGUGCAGAGGCCCGCUAGGAGGCGCUCCCCCAGGAGCUGUCUCGGAGUCUCCGAAGAAUCAGCACUUCAACAGUCCAAACAUGCCGCGCUUUCGCAACGAGGAACCCGAGCAGUCGCACUACACUGACGGCGACGUGGUGUGGGUCAAGAUACACAACACGGAGAUCUGGUGGCCCGGCGAAGUGACUUCGUCGCAGGACUUCCGGUUCGUCAACUCCUCCAGGCCCCCCUUCGCAGUCGUGGCCUUCUUCAAUGAGAAAACCUUCGAGCAAGUGAAGUCAGCCAAGCUGAUAUAUCCUUUCCAAUGCACCCACAAAGAGGAGUUCAUCAAGCGCGGCACCAAAAAGGCCGAUGGACUGCACAUGGGAGACAAGUUUGGCGACGACGUCGCGAUCGCAGAGUCGCGGUACCAGCGCCAGCUCCUGGCUGGCACGCACUCGCACCCGGACAGUGGCAGCGGGCCUGCCUCCCGGCCGGACAGCCUCAUCAAGGCGCUCCUCUCUAGCAGCAGCAGCUACCACAACAGCAGUACGCGCAGCUCCAGUGGUGCUCCCUCUCCUUUGAACCGGCAGGAGCCCACGUUCCGCAUCAUGGACAUCGGCGGGUCGCCAGGCCACGUCCGCGAGCGCCGCUACGAUGACGCCAGCUACGAGUGCAACAUCUGCAGCUUCCGUACAAACAGCAUGAGCGUGUUGCUCAUCCACCGCCGCGCUCACUUGGACACAGGCAGCAACUACAGCAGCCACAGCAACAGUACCAGCACCACCACGAGCGUCAGCAGCUUCAACCCCAGCCGGCAGACCCGGGCCGCCCGACGGGCGCACACGACAAACGACCCCCGCCAGCUGACGAUCAGGGGUAGCCGAGACAGCACGCACUUUCACAAGAACUCGGUCCGCUGCCACUCGCGGCACGUCUCCAUCGUAGUGGACGCGUCGCUGACGGACGAGGCCCAGCAGAAGGUGGCGAGCAUCGUGAAGAUGACAAUGGCGUCCAUUGAACGGGUGGUGCACCCCAGCGACUCCAGCUCUCUCGCCUCGCACUCCACGCGCAGCCGCAGCCGCAGCAACCGAAACAGCUGUUCCUCGUCGCCAAAAGUGUCCACCGCAUUGGCACCGCGGCGCAGCUCCCUGAAUCCCCGGGAUCCACGCAGUCAUCGGUCCAACCAGCUGCGUGCCACCAUGCCUGCUCCUCAACCUCCGGCCAAGCAGCGUCGCCUGACACGCUCCAUGAGCCGGCGCCAGCAAGGCCUCUCGCCGCCAACCCGGGCAUCAGAGCUGCCACCGCCCCCGCCAAUGUCGACCCAUCGGCGCAGUGGCGGACGGCGGCGCACGCUGGCCACUGGCAUCAGUGAACGAUCUGCGCCGCCAACUCGGCGCGGCAAUCCAAUGCGGAAAACCCUGACUGCGGCACACACACCGGUUCGCGCUCCCACCGAGCACCCACCUGAAACCACUAAGCGUCAGAAGCGGACGCAUUCGAGGCAUCGGGCGCCGGUGUCGCCGGCUUCCCCGUCAGUUUCUUCGUCACCGCCACCAGUACCACCUCCAGUAGACGAGGAGGAAAAGCACGAGGAGUCACGAGAAACUCCACUGCCCGUCGCCGUAUUAGAACCAAUAUCCAAGCCGUCUCCCCCGAAAGAGAAUCUCUCGCAGGAGCAGAGCCACAUGGCCGCCUCCCUGGAGCUGCAGCAGAGCCUGCUGGCUGAGUGGUGCGACGAUGAGACAGAGGACUCCCCGGAGGAGCUCUCCGCCCAGCAGCCACAGCCGGCUGUAAAUGGCAACAAUGGCAAACGCUCGUGGGAGCCUGACCGGAAGCAAGAAGAGGAACAGCAAGGCGAGGAGCAGGAGCAGUCGGCCAGGAAGCGCAUUCGCAACAUACCAAAGAAGGAUCGACGUGACAUGGGCCUGCAGGAGUUCGAUACGGACAGCCAGCUAGAGUCCUCGGACGAACCCAUUGUUAUUCAGGACAGCGACGCCAGUUCCAACGAGAGCGUCGUCUUUGUGGAUGACGAGCCGCGCCAGCGGAAUAAGAGCUCCAACUCCGGCGAAAAGGGCAAGUCCUUGACCCCAUCGAAGCAAGCCCCCAUCACCAUGUCCUCCUGUUUCGACUUUGAGGAGGAGGAGGAGCUGCCGGACGGCCAAAACGGGCUCAGCUACAGGCACUGCACCGCUCGACAGGAUGGCAGAGGGCAUUUGGAGCUCGCAGCUCCGCCCGAGGAAUCAGCAGCUGGGAAGGCCGCAUACGAUGACCUUUUCAGGGGAUUCGACGAGGCACAGCGGUCGGCGGCGGCAGCCAAUGCCAUUUUCGAUGAAGAGCAGGAGUCUGGGGCGUACGAGGAAAGGAUACUGGAGGCUCAGGAGACUGAGAACGCCGAGGCUCCUGAGGAGGCGGGAUCAGACGCGGAAGGAGAGGCUAUGCUGGAGGACGAGGCUGACGUUGAUGCUGAUGCGGACGCUGAAGCGGGCGACCAUCUGAGACUGCCUAUUAAGGAGCGACAGAAGCGCAUCUUCAAGUCUCGCAAUAUGUCGACUCUGGCAGCAGCUCCCAGGGAAGAAGAUCUCCCCGACCUUCCGGACAGGGAGGAGGAGGAGGACCUGGCUAACGGCGGGGAACUCAAUGGGGACGAGGACCACAGUAGCAGGAGGGACAGUACCAACAGUAACAGCAACGCUAACAGCAACAGCAACACCAACGCCACUAUGAACACCAAGAGCAGCGCCAGUGGACGUGGAAGUGGCACCAAGAGGCAGAGCCGGAGCAAGAGUUCCAGCAACCGCCGCAAGAAAUCAAAGACUGAAUCCACCCGCCGGCAGCAGUGGCGUUCGAAGGCUCAGACGCGGCUGCAAAACAUCGCCCUGGAGGAGCUGAGCAAUAACAGCAACAGCACUAGUGGCAACAGCAACGCGAGCUACAACAGCAACCAGCUCUCCAUGGCCAGUGCCAGCUACAGGUCGCGGUCGCGGUCGCAGGCCAGUGGGGCGAUAUCGCCCGGGCUCAGUUCCAGCACCAGCUGCUCGAUUGCGUCGAAUAUUGCGGUGAUUUCCGCGGAGGAGGCACGCGAGUUGCAGCGGUCCGCCUCCGGAGCAGGGCUGGUGCACUCAUCCAUUGUUGAUGCCACGCAGCCCGUGCAGCGAGGCGGCGUGCUGAUUCUGGAGGACAUCCGGCUGCCCAACCUGUACGAGCCCUUCGCCAGCCUGCAGUCCUCCGACAGUAAUGACAGCCGGCAGCAGGUCUUGCGCUCCAGGCUUGAGCACGAGGACCGCACGCAGGACUCCACAGAAGUAGAUCCGGAUGUAAAUUCCGAUAUGGCGGAUAUGGAGAUGGGCGCAGAGGGAGAUGCGGAUACGGAGGCCGAUGCGGAUGCAGAUGCAGAUACAGAGGCGGAUGCUGAAGCGGAGGAGGGCGCGGAGGAGGAAUCAAAGGAGCAGGAGGACAGGUCGGAGGCGGCUGGGCAGAUAGCAGAGGAUGUGGCCGAGGAGGAUAAGGACGAGGAGCAAGAUUCCAGUUCCGUCGGCCCGACAGCCGCGGAUCUAGACUCCUGGCAACCCGAAGAGGUCCAGUUCGUGCCCAAGCCCCGGGAAGUGCUCCUAAAGAAGCGGGAGCAAGAGCUACUACGACAGUACAAGGCUGACCUCGUGAGCGGGCGCAGCGCGGAGAAGUGCCGCAAAGCUCGUGAGCGAUGGAGCCGGACUGCGUACUCCACCGAAGAGGCGAAGUCAUCACCAGUGGCUCCAGAGCAGGAGGAACCAGUUCCUUCUGUACAGGAUCAGGGCACCGAGCUGGAAAGCCCAGCUGAGAUAGAGGAGGCGGCCGUUGAGGAUCACAACGUUGACACCAUUGCCUCGGAGGACUCCAUGGUCCAGCAGCUGGCCGCCGUGGAGGGCGCCUUGCCCGCCAUGCUAAUGUCGCCCGCUCGUCGUCCUGCUAGUCACCCGGGGGUCAACUCCCUGACUCCAGACCCAAGCUUCUCAUCGUCCACCAUUAGUCCCAGCAAGUCCUCCGGGGACCUGGCCCAGGCGCUGUGUGACGCCGUCAUCAAGGCCCAUCAGCAGCUGGCGAAUCUUCGGGAGCAGCGGCGUCGCCGCUCCAGUCCAACCUUUGCGUCCGCGCCAUCCACUCCCUCCACGCCAUCCUCUCCACCGCCGCCUGCCGCCGUCAUAGCCGGCGGGACGCGAAGACCGCGUCGGCGCUCACGGACCGCGACCGGUAACGAGCUCGUAGAGACUCUCGCGCGCAGCGAUGCCACCGAGGGAUUCCUAUGCGAGCCGAAAGAUGGUUCGGACAGCCUUGAAAACCCCCCUCAGUUGUGCGCUGGACGCAUCUGCGCUGUGAUGACGCGGCCCAUCCCGGGCUACAACCACACGUUCAUGCUCUGCUCUCUGGCCAACAACAAUUUCACGCCGCUCAACAACGUGGCCCUAUACCUGGACAGCGAGAAGAACCAUCUGGUGCCAGUGCCUCGGGAGGCGCUCCUGGAGCCGCCGCGCCUGGCAGACGGCCACCCAUUAUCGGCCGUGUUCGCGGACAUCGACUUCCUGGGCGGCGAAGCGGUGGCCCAAGUGGUGGAUCCGACUGACCCUCAGGCCGAUGCAAGCCUCGCCCAAAGUGAAGUCAGGCUGUCGCCGCCGCAGAUUAUUCUGAGCAAUGCGGAGGAGCUGGAGGGCGAACCGGCGGACACGUUGGGCAUUAUGACGCCGCUUAGUCAGGUUGCGGAAGGAUGCGCCGGGACCGUCACCGGCUUCGCCAACGAGGAGGAAGAGCUGUUCGAGGACCAACUGCCAGACAAUGUACUCCAGCUCAACGUCAACGGGCACCGGCUGGAGCUGGACCCCUCCGUGCUCGUCAGCAUCGCGCAGCAGCCAGACACAUGCAUCGAGCUGAGCGUGGUCGAGACGGGACCGGACGGCAGUGGAACCAUGGCCGUGCUACACGCCCAAGACAUUCUUGAAGCAGCGCAAGCGUACCUGCAGGAGCGCGACUUGCAGCUGGUGAACCUGGAGGAACUAACCCUGGGCCACGGAUCCGUAGACGCUGAAUCUGCAGCUGCGUCGGGACUGGUUGUUCCUACGCCCAACUUGCUGGACGAUUCAGUGCACGGAUUUGUGGACCCAACCGAUGCAGGCGUUGGCCUACUUCACAUCGACACUCGGACACCUGGAGGCCCUGGGCCAUUCGACGUCGAUGAGGAGUCAAACAACAUGGUGUUUAUAUCGCACGCGCUGCCGCCCCAAACCGCCCACGCCCAUUUAACGCCGCCCAUUACGGCGCGCACGAACGAGACGAACGCGUUGCUCGACCAGACGCCUAUUAUGUCCACUCUGGAGAACCCGAGCGGAGUCCAACUGCGGCGAGUGUCGCCCCUGGUGGACGGCAACCUAGAGGAUAGCCUGGCCGUCAUUGGCGUGACGCACGGAAGCGGAGUGCCCACCUCGUUGGAGCUUCCCAUCACGGUGACCAACCCGGCAAUCGCCCCGCGAAUGGCAAACGACAUUGUGCAUUUCGGACCCUUUCAGUAGGCGACAUGCCUUGGGGGGCGAUGCCGAAGAAAACUGUCGCACGAUCUUGGAAUUCUAAGUUGAACGCAUUGAAACUUCUUGUAUUUAAGCACCUUGUAGUUGUCAUUCUUGUUUACUGGUGAUUUCAUCUGUUUAUCUCCAUGCCCGAUUGGUUAAAAGUGGUGACCAUUAUGGUGCGAUGUUAGAGGUCUCCAGACACAUGGCGCUUUCCACCGCCAACAGUCCUUCUUAUUCUGAUAUUACCUUAAUUUUAAAUUUGUCUUCAUAAGGCCAUCACACACCAGCAUUGGAUUUUUUACUCAUAAGUUAUUUUUUAUUAAGAUCACAGCGUAUUUCGCAUGUCUAAUUGCCCUGAUCGGAUUCUCUGGAAGAUACCAUUUCAAGUCAGUUUAGUUUUUGGAAAUUCAUCCUCACAUCACACUAGAAACCAAUUGGUUUUCAAAGAUACUGAUACUGGUUUCUGACAUGUUUCGAUUGUGCUAAGCACCAAAUCUAUAAUGAACAAAAGGCAAUUAUCGGGGACUGCAAAUCAUUCACAUAUAGUGUCCAUUAAAGGGCGAGCAUUACACAAUGUUUCUUCUUGCAGGAUAAUCUCUGCAUUUUAUCCAUGAACUUAUGAGGUUAUUUUUAACAAAAAAUGAUCGUUUAAUGAGUACCAAAAAUAACUUGAACCAGUUAUUCUUAUUUGAUCGAAAAGCUUGAUAUAUCCCAGUUGGAUAUGGUAUUUUAUAUGAAUUUAAAAAAUGUCCCAAGCUUCCGUCUUAAAAAAGUUAUGUCUUCACAAAGUUAUGACAUUUCCGCGAUAAUAUCGGAUGUCGCCUUUAACAAAUUUCCAAAUCUCUUAAAAUAGAGAUUUUAAUGCCAAAUUGUUAUAAAACUACUUAUAUUUUUCCCAAUUCGCUUUAUGCAAACUUCCCUCAAGGAAAACUUCUGCUGAAAAGAUCGAAUUUUCACCAUUCGACACUUUUGGGGAUUUUCAAAACCCUACCCUUGCUCAUCAAUAAAAUAUUAUUUUUUUCAACAGAAAAAAAACUUGUAAAAUAAAGAUUAUCCUACUAGUUUUAGUAAUGAUUGCAGUCCCUGGUGAAAGAUAAAGCAAGCCCCCCUAUUCUAAUUCAGAAUAAAGGACUCUGGUGGAACCGCCGCAACUAAAGAAUAAAGAAAUAAAGAUUUUGUAGGAAUUGACGGGACAUUGGCAUUACCGAAACAAGAGCAGCAGCUCCAAAGCUUCGAAAGAGAAGUUCCUAGUCGCUAAACUGGAAGAUCGGAGAAUCGGGCAGACAGAGUUUAGUCUUGAGUAGUCCCACGGAGACUAUUGCUAGUUGAAUUGAUCUGGAGACACGUUGACGCGAAGCGAGCACUUGCUGCAGGUGCAAAUUGAAAUGCAGAUGCUUAGUAGCCUAGUGGUCUAGCCCUAAGAUAUACCUUGUACCACGCCGACAGUGGGCGUGGAUUCCCUGCAUUGCGAAUGUCAGUGGAAUGCAAAUCACCUAGCACGUAAGAGACUUCACAACUAGCAUAUAUGUAUGUAUGUAGGUCCGAAUAAGUAGAUCAAACCGCGGAAUGGAGCAGAGCAGACAGCUCUGAAAUAAACAGACCCCGAGAGGGAAGGAGCAUCGGUGGACGAUGCCUGGCACCAAAGCUACACUUACAUACAAUCGAGCAUUGAACACAGAAAAUAGAUCUUUAAAACUCUCUCCGUGUGAAAAAACAAAACAAGUUUACAUUAAAUUUACCUUAUAAAUGGCUAUACCAAUGUAUGUGAGAGUUUUCAGUGUCUAAGCUAAAUAAACUAUGUAACUGCGCCCCAUUGGCGAAAUUAAAUAAAGGCAAAACGUGCAAAUAUAUGCUAUUAUUACCCGUAA